AUGUCAAGCAAGGUUCUAUCGAUCCAAUCCCACGUCGUUGCUGGCUACGUAGGCAACCGUGCGGCCACUUUCCCGCUGCAGCUCCUGGGCCUCGAAGUCGACGUUAUCAACACUGUGCAGUUCAGCAACCACACGGGCUACAACACGUUCCACGGCGACCGCUUCCCGGCCUCGCACAUCCUUGACCUGUUUGCGGGCAUCAAGGAGAACGGGCUCGACACGUACACGCACCUGCUGACUGGCUACAUGGGCAACAGCGAGAACAUCCGUGCGGUCGAGUCCAUUGCAAACGAGCUGCUGGCAAAGAACCCCGACCUGUUCUUUGUGCUUGACCCAGUCAUGGGCGACGAGGGCGCCCUGUAUGUGCCCAAGGAGCUCAUUGCGCUGUACCGCGACGUGCUGUGCCCAAUGGCUAAGCUGGUGACGCCGAACCAGUUUGAAGCAGAGCUCUUGACGGGCGUCACGAUUAGCACGCUGGAAGACGCCAAGAAGGCCUGUGACGUGCUGCACUCGUACGGAAUCCCCAACGUCGUUAUCACGUCGUCGGUGCUCGAGGACGCGGAGAAGCCGGUCGGCAAGCGGCUGCACCUGGUAGGGUCGGAGAUUGACGAAAAGACAGGUGCUAAAAAUACAUUCCGCAUCUCGUUCCCGCGCCUUGACGGGUAUUUCACAGGCUCUGGCGAUUUCUUCGCCGCACUGACCACGGCCCGUCUAGCCAAGCUGCGCAGCGACGGCGCCGAGACACCGCUGGAGCAUGCCUGCGAGCUGGCUACGUCGACACAGGAAUCGACGGGCGUACCAGUGGGCGAGAACCUGGCGCGUGGCACGCGUCCGUCGGACAUGGUGCGUGGAUUCGAGAUGCGCAUCAUCCCAUCGCAGCACCUGAUUCUGAACCCGACCCUGCAAUUCAAGGCCGACAAGAUCUGA